GGAGAAAUGGCCUCAGUUGAGCUCAUGACCUCGUACUGAAUCUCUGCCACGUGUCGCGUUCAGCAUCACCUUUCCACUGCAACUUUCACUAUGGCUUCCAAUCUCGACCUUAUCAACGACGCCGAUGGCUUUCCUUACCAAAGGGACGCUGAUCGAGUCAUCUAUUCCUUCAAAUUGGCUGGAAUCAAUGCCACGCUUGGCUAUGUUCUGCCGUCGGUAUCGCAAGUUCUCAGCUGUCUUCCAGGCUGGCAAGUGGACGACACGCAGCAAACUAUCUUGCUAGAAGGUGGUCAAAAUGUCGACGAUCGGAGUGCAGUAAUCAAACAGAGCCUAUUGGCAAUGCGCGAGAAAGGGUCUUUCUCGAUCCUUCAGAGUUGGCGCGACGAGACGUUCCCAAUAUUUGGUCCUCACCGAGAGGUAGUCCUACACAUUGAGCGUUGCGCUUGCCCAUUAUUUGGCGUCGUUACAUAUGGCGUACAUGCUGUGGCAUACGUUCCGCCACUUGAACCAGGGCAGCAGUUGAAGAUCUGGAUACCGCGGCGAGCUCGUUCAAAUCAGACGUUUGGGGGGAUGCUGGAUAGUUCAGCGGCCGGUGGCAUUGCCUCAGGAGAUACACCAUUUGAGACUCUGGUUCGCGAAUGUGGAGAGGAGGCUUCAUUGCCGUCGGAAUUGGUGCGUCGGCAUGCAAAAGCAGCCGGCACUGUCACUAACUUCUACGUUCGUGACCACCGAUCUGGCGGCGAGGUUGGCCUCUUGCAGCCAGAGUGUCAGUAUGUGUUCGAUCUACCACUCCCACCAGUGGUCAUAUGCCAGCCGAACGAUGGGGAGGUAGAGGACUUUCGCCUCUGGAAAUUGGAUGAGAUUAUGGAGGCCUUAGCCAAGAGAGAGUUUAAGCCUAAUUGUGCCAUCGUCAUGCUCGACUUUUUUGUUCGUCAUGGAAUUUUGUCAAGCGAGAAUGAGAAGGACUACCUAGAGAUCGUGUGGCGAUUACAUAGACGAUUGGAGUUUCCCUUGAGAUAGGACAGACUUGAGGAGAAAGAUGCUUGCUGAUGUUCUAGGUAGUUUUAUCUAGGCCGAUCUAGUUCCUCUGCUAGCAACUAGAAUGUGGCGUAGAGUUGAAGUAUGAGAAUUUCCAGUUUUAAGAUA